AUAAUAUAUAUAAAUACAAUUGUGCUUUCUAACUUUAGUCUCCUUCUUCAUGAAAAAUUAACCACAAGAGAAAAAACACUUUAAUAUGUACACUCAACAAUAUAUUUUUAUCAUGCAAACAGGAAAAGAAUGUUUCAUUACUGGUUGGGGAUAUAUAAAUAAUGAAAAAGAGCAGCCAAAUCAAUUACAACAAGCAAAGGUUCCUAUCGUGGACAUUAAAAUAUGCCGAAAAAAAUAUAAAGGAAAAAAAAUAACCAAAAAUAUGCUCUGUGCAGGGUAUAUAGGAGUUGACUCAUGUAAUGGAGAUAGUGGAGGUCCACUGGUUUGUAAAAAAGCCAAAAAAUGGUAUCUUACAGGUAUCACAAGCUUUGGAGAAAAAUGUUGUGGAAGCAAUUACGGUGUCUACGCUAAUGUCGCUAAACUUUCUGGUUGGAUCAAAAAAAUACUAAAUCUUAAACUCCUUUAA